AGAUAUAACUAACUUUCUUCUUCAAGGAAUCAACUUGUUUUUUAAAGGUUGGCUCUAUAUACGUAUAAGUUUGUGGUACGAUAUAACAUGAGUGCUUCAAUAAAAUCAAGUCCUUCAAAAUCUAAUGGAAUUAAGAAUGAAGACAAUGGUAAUAAUAUAUUGAGUGAUAGAUCCAAAGAUAUUAAGGAGAAGGUCAAUAAUGGCAACAACAUUAACGAUAAUGAAAGUAUAAUUGGUAAUAAUACAUCUACAGAUGGAGUCGAUGAAGCAGAGAAUUCUAUUUUGUCGGAUCCAGAAGAUUAUUUAGAAGAGAAUGAAUCUUUAGAUAUGAAUUUAACAAAAGGAAAUCUGAAUAUUUGGUUAGUUAAAUUACCUAAAUAUUUAGCAGAAAGGUGGGCUCAAGAAGGUAAUUUAAAUGGAGCAAGAUUGGGGACAGUUAAGAUAAAGAAGAAUUCAGCCAAUACAAAUAACAAGUUACAAGUUAAAUUAGUAUUAAAUGAAAAUGUACCAAAUGAACCAAAAAUACCUCAAGAAUAUGAUAUCUCUAUAUUAAAUACUCAAGUUCGAAAUUCUUAUGUGUUCACUGAAGAGAAUUUAAAAAAGUUCAAACAGGAAUUGACCGAAGUUGCUGAAUUACCUGAACAACCUCAACCUAAAGUUGAUGAUAAACAAAAUAAAAAUGGAAAGUUUCAACCAAGACGUAAAUUCAAAUUCUUUAGAGUUCAAAAGAAUGGUGAAAAUGGUCCAAUAAGGAAGUACAUACCUUUUGUAAAGACAAUUCCAAAGAAAACUGCAUUGAUAGGUAAAAUUGUUCAUGAUUGUCAAAUUAUACCAUCAAAAGCUGACUCUCAAUAUAAUAAAGUAUUGAUGGAUAGAAAGAAUAUAGUAAAGGGUCCUGAAAGACCGAAAGUCACUCUACUUAAUGAAAUACCUGGGGUGAUCCAAUCCAAUGCUGGUCCUUCCAUUAAGGGUAAUAACACCUCAGUGUUCUUGAAAUCCAAUCCAAAUGCUAGAAAGAAUGCUGAAGGUAGAGCAAUUAGAAUGCCUAAGAAGGAUUUAUUAGAUUUGCUUUUUAGAUUAUUUGAAGAAUAUGAAUAUUGGUCAAUGAAGGGUUUAAAGGAAAGAACGAGGCAACCAGAAUCAUAUUUAAAAGAGUCAUUAGAAUCAAUUGCUAACUUAAUAAAGAAGGGACCUUAUACUUCUAAAUAUAAUUUAAAGCCUGAAUUUAGAAGAUUAAGAGAUGCCGAGCGUACUGUCAGAUUAGGAUUGGAUGUAACGGGUGCCGAUGAUAAUAAAGAUAAAGAGGAUGAAGAUGAAGAUUUAGAAAUGGAAGAUGUGGUUUAAACGACUACAGACUGUUUCAAUCUUAAUAGUUUUUUUGUUUUCUUAUUAUAUAUUAAAUAUACAAA